AUUAUUAUUACCGAUGUACUACAAGCACAACAAUAUGGCUAGUUUCAUUAGACAGCUGAAUAUGUAUGGCUUCCACAAGAACUUAUCACUGGAAUCUGGCUGCGCCAAAAUGGAAGACGUUGUAAUAGAGUUUUAUCAUCCGUGUUUCCAGAAGAAUAAUCCCAAUUUACUCCAGAAUAUCAAGCGAAAGAUGAACGCACGCGGCGGAACGGCGGGCGGGGGAAGUGGUGGAGGAGCCGUGAGCGCUUCACCCGACCCGAUGCUGGUGAGUCAGCUGUUGCUGGACGUGAAGCGCAUGAAGUCCCGACAGGACUCGGUCGACUCGCGCUUCAAUCAGCUCAAGAUGGAGAACGAAGCCCUCUGGCGCGAGGUGGCCAUCAUGCGCCAGAAGCAUAUCAAACAACAGCAGAUUGUCAACAAGUUGAUCCAGUUCCUAUUGACCGUGGUGCAGCAUCCGUCGAAUGGAUUCAGCGUGAAGCGGCGAGGCCUGCCUUUGAUGCUGCAAGAUCACUCAGUUCCUAGCAAUCAGUUGAAUAAAAACAAUCAGAGCCUGUCAGAAGUGUCUCGAUCGCCGACUGGACCCGUGAUACACGAGAUCGAUCCAAACGAGUACGCCGCCUCUUUGCUCUUGAACGAUGUGCAAUCCGCAUCUCAACAGACACCCGACCAGCAAGUCAACGAUCAGACGAUAACUACUGACGCGACCGCGACCACAACAGCUGACGAAUUGCUCGAUUUGCCCAAUCAGCUGUUGGCAGAGCAACUAUCAGCUGAUGGCGACGAGCAGACUGAACAGCUGUUUGCCAGACCCAAGCAGAUUAGGCCCGGCAAACGACGCCCCCGGAAGCCGGCCGCAACUAAAAAGUUGCCGAGCAAAGUUGCCGAUGUGUGUCCCGGUCAACCUGAUAUCGAUGGGUUGGAUUUGGACGACUUCCCUCUCAUAAUCAACGGCUCCCAGGCCCUGGAGCAACUCACCAAUCUACCUACAUCAUCCAAUGAUGGCCUAUUGCCUUCUGACAAUGAUGCCAACAUUGAAGCUCUCACAACACCGAUCACUAACCUAACAGCUGAUUCAUCCAUUGCCAACCUUACAACGGACACGCCCAUAAUCAGUCUAUCAGCUGAUUCGCCUAUUACCAACCUCACAGCUGAUGUGCCCAUCAUCAGUCUAUCAGCUGAUUCGCCGAUUACCAACCUCACAGCUGAUGCACCCAUAAUCAGUCUAACAGCUGAUUCGCCGGUUACCAACCUCACAGCUGAUGCACCCAUAAUCAGUCUAACAGCUGAUUCUUCACCAAUUUCUAACCUAACAGCUGACUCGCCGGUACCAAUAGUGAUCCCUGCGUCGCCGUACAGUGCUGAUUUGGCGGAUAUUGUGGACAACAGUCAACAGCCAAUUGUCAAUUGUCAACAGUCGAUUGUGAACAGCACAGUGCCAAUUGUGGCCGCCGACAAGUCUCGCUACAAGAAGAUGGCGCCUAAACUUGUCAUUCCCAGCCAGCAGUCUCAGAUGAAAGUGAUCAGGCCUCAGCGGAAACGGAAGACGGCGGUCGCUGCUCAGACGAAAAGUGGCGGGAAACGGUCGAAAGCGGAUGGCGGGAAAUUCAAAAGUGUGUCGGCCACGGUUGCUAGGCAACCAGAGACGACGCCCGCCAAUCAGAACAGUGAUAGGACUGUCGCCUGUAUGGCACCCACCAACUCACAACAGUCCAUGAAAUUUGCAAGAAAUCAAGAUUUUAAUAAUACUCUCUUCAAGUCGCAGGAAAUCGACAAUCAUGUAGACACCAUACAAAAUGACCUGGACACACUGAAAGAGCUUCUAAAGGGCGAAUCAAUUAGUUUGGACGCAAAUACAUUGUUGGGGAAACUUUCAUCCAGCACCCUUAGUCAAUAUUUGACUUUUAACAAGAAUGAAGACUACGAAUUUGACAAAACUUCAGAUUCGGUUAGUGAAUAGUAUUUUUUACUUAGA